GAGGCAUUUCAAGGAAACACGCGAAGAGUUCAAACGUCACCCGUCCAAGAUGAUGUCGAGAAAGCUCAUCGAUGAAAGCCGUGACGGUCUCCUUGACAACGAAAAUUCACCCUUCCUGAUUAGCCACUACGGGUACGGCAAGGACUACGUGAAGGUGAUGCACGUGGUACGAAACGGGCUGGUGCACACGAUAAAGGAGUUCGAGGUUGGCACGAAGCUGAAGCUACGCAGCCAAAAGGACUAUCUGGAGGGUGACAACAGCGACAUUGUGGCUACGGAUUCGCAGAAAAACACCGUCUACUUACUGGCGCGAAAGCACGGCCUAAAGUCACCAGAAGAGUUCGGGAUGCUGCUUUGUCAGCACUUUCUGAGCAAAUACGCGCACGUUGAGGAGGUUUCGAUACACAUCGAGGAGUACCCGUGGUCCCGGAUGGGUUUCGGUACCGGCCCGUACAAGGACUUGCACAACCACGCGUUCGUUUUCACGCCAACUGCGAUGCGGUACACGGAUGUCACGCAAAAGCGCUCCGAGGACAAACCAACGAUCAUCAGCGGGCUGACGGAUCUGCGUGUCCUUAAAACAACGCAGUCGGCAUUCGUGAACUUCGUGAACGACGAGUACCGUUCGCUACCGGAUCAGCACGAUCGCAUCUUCAGCACGAUCGUGCGCUCGUCCUGGCAGUACUCCACCGUGACCGGGGUCGACUUCGAUUACUGCUGGAACAAGGUGAAGCAGUGCAUCCUGAACAACUUUGCGGGUGAAACGGAGAAAGGCAUCUUCUCGCCGAGCGUCCAGAACACGCUGUACCUAGCCGAGAAGCAGGUCCUCGAGACGAUCCCCGAGAUUUCCUCCAUCGACAUGACGAUGCCGAACAAGCACUACUUCACGUUCGACUUUAGCAAGUUCCCGAAGGUGGUGAAUGAGAACGAGCUGAAGGAGGAGACGGUGUACAUGCCGGUGGACAAACCGGCCGGCAUUAUCUACGCCCAGCUCGAUCGGAAAUCGGAUCACUACGUGAAAAGCAAACUAUGACGGGGAGUUUCGGUUCAGGGCGGCAUUGGUUUUGAUUUUUUGAAACACUUAGCGAGUGUAUGUGCGUGUGUGUGUGUUUGCGGAAGGAACAAACGAACGGGUUUGGGGAGGGUGGUUUUCGUUUGGCUUUUAGGGGUUGUGUGCCCCUUAAGUAAACCUAGCUUAAGUGACGAUGGGAAAGGCUUCCCGCAUCGCUAGGAGUUACUCAAUCUCUAUACUUAUACAUGAUCUAUUGCCACUAAUACUAGUAACUAGCAUUA